GCUGGUUGGACUCCCUUACAUAUUGCUGCUUCUGCAGGACGUGAUGAAAUUGUAAAAGCCCUUAUUGCCAAGAGUGCUCAUGUAAAUGCUGUUAAUCAGAAUGGCUGUACACCCCUGCAUUAUGCAGCCUCCAAAAAUAAGCAAGAGAUUGCAGUCAUGCUUUUAGAAAAUGGAGCUGAUCCGGAUGCAACAGAUCAUUUUGAAUCCACUCCAUUACACAGAGCAGCAGCCAAAGGAAACCUAAAAAUGGUACAGAUACUUCUGCAGCACAAUGCAUCUCCUAAUAUACAGGACUCUGAAGGGAAUACUCCUCUUCAUUUAGCCUGCGCCGAAGAGAGAGUGGAGGAGGCAAAGCUUCUGGUGUCUCACGGUGCAAGUAUUCACAUUGAGAAUAAGGAGGAGCUGACCCCACUGAAAGUGGCAAAAGGUGGCCUGGGAGCUGUACUUAAAAGAAUGAUGGAAGGCUAG